UAAACCUCUUUUUUACCUUUUGUAUCCAUGGCGUUUACACAAUUUUAUUCCAUUAUCCUUAUUAUAUUUUGUUUAAAUUUAUAUAAAACACAUAAGACAUAUGUAUAUCAUUAUACAACAAAUAUCACAGAGAAUUCACAUAAAGAAAUGCUUUUACAAAGUAUAUCAGGUUAUGUUUAUAUUACACCAAUAAUAAUGAAAGAAAUGAAUGAUACAAUGAAUGAACUAUAUAAUAAAACAUUAUGGUAUAUCACAUUGAAUAUUACUAAUACUACUCAUAAAGAUCAAUUCAUAGAUCCAUUCAUCACUUUAAAUGGUUUAAUCUUAUUUGAUCAUAAAGGAUUGAUUGAUAGAAUCUAUAUGCCACAAUCUAAAUCUGUAAUGUAUCAUAUACAAUUGAAUUUAUUCAAAGGAUUAUUAAGUUUAUUAAAUAUACAUAAUACAUUUGAACCAGGUUAUGAAAUAGAUAGUUCUGGUAAAUGUUAUGUAACUUAUGCAAUUCUAUCAUCAAAUCGAACAACAACUAAUGAUGAUCAUGAUUUCAUUAUUAUUGAUAAAGAGAAGAAAUUUUGUCAAAGAUUAACUCAUUCCAUUGAUAUAUGGAAUGAGAAUUUAUUAAAGAUAAUAGAAUUAAAAGAAAUAAGACAAUUAAUGACACGUUAUAUCUAUGAUAAAUUCACUUAUCAAAUAUAUAAAAUACAAGGAUAUGAAAGACAAAUUUAUUCCAUGAUUAAUGAUACAUUAGAUAGUAACUAUGGUGAUUAUGAUGAUGAUGAUGAUAAUGGACAAUAUAAACAAUUUAUUAAUUCUACUGGUAUUGAUUUAAUUACAUGGCAACAAUUAGAAUUUAUACAUGAAAUGGAUACCUAUCAUCAUUAUCUUCAUCAUCAUCAUAAUAAUAAUAGAAUAGAAGAAAUGAUUAAAAAACAAUAUGAUUUAACAUUGAAUGAAAUCAUUGAAUUAUUAUUUGAUUCAAAUUAUCAAAUGAUUCAUUUAGGUCUUAUUUAUCCAAUUACAAAAUCAACUAAAUGUAGUUUAAAUGUCAACUUAUUCAAUCAUUCCAAUGACAACAAUGAUGAUAAUGAUAAUAAUAAUAAUUAUCAUGAAGAAUUAAUCCAUUUACGUCAAUCCAUUGAAUCUUAUCGUGAUUCUUUACAAACUGAUCUAAUUGGGACAAUUCAAUCCUCUGAAGCUGUAUUACAUUUAAUUGAUCAAUUACGUUGUCUACCAAAUACAAAUCAAUCGAUUACAAUGUUAAAUAGUGUGACUAUGUUAUCACCACCAGCCAUAGAUACACAUUUAAUUUAUCGUCAAUUGAAUACAUGGAAAGAUCAAUUAAUCGAUAUAUUGAUUAAUUGUGGUACCAAUGUAUGUUUAACUAUUGUAUUCAAUCGAUUAAAUGCAUUAACACAAUUUAUUGAUUUAAAUCAUCAUCAUCAUAAUCAAUAUAAUAAGAAUUCCAUUGAAAUGAUUAAAACAAAAGAAUUAUUAUAUCAAAAAUUAUGGCCAUCUUUAUCCCAUAUAAAUCAAUUAAAUAUUGAACAAAUCAAUCAAUUAUAUCAAUUUUGUGAAAAAUCAAUCAAUAUCGAUCAAAAUUAUGUGUGUUUAAUGACCUUGGUGAAUUUAAAUUCCCGCAUUGAAAAUUAUGAACAAUUUGAUUAUUUUAAACAAAUUAUCAAACAUAUUGAACAUUUAUUAAAUCUAUCUAAUCAUCAUCAUCAUCAUCAUUUAUUAUUAACAAUAGGGAUAUCAUUAAGUAAACAAUUACAUUCUCCUUAUUUAACGAAUUCUUUAUUAGAAUUAUUAUUUAAUGAUCAAUUACCAUUGAUUAUACAUACAUUAAUUAUUCAAGCAAUUGGUGAAAUACAUUUUUCAAAAGAUUCUAAUCACCAUAGUAACAAAAUACAAUUGAUGGAAAUUACAACAAAAUUGAUUGAAAUCUUUUUAACUAUACCAAUUCAUUUUAAUAAUGAAAUAUUAAUUAAUUAUGAAAUAUUUAAAUUAUUAUUAUCAUCAUCAUCAUCAUCAUCUCCGUUUCAUUUAUCUUCCAUAGAGAUUACUUAUUUAUUACGUCAAUUAUCUAAACAACAAAGAUGGACAUUAAUUAAAUUAUGUCGUCAAUUAAUUAUUGAUUGGUGUCAAUUACAAAUAUUGAAUAAUCAUGAAUGUGAUUGUUUAAAUGGUUUAUUAUCGAAAUGUCAAUUAUAUUUAGCUGGUAGUUGGUAUGGUUUAAUUGGUGAUCAUCAGAAUCAACAAUUAAAAUUAAUUGGUAAAUCAAUAUUAUUACAUAAUGAAUUGAUUCAUAUUAAUAAUCAAUUAUUGAUUGAUUAUUAUUCAUAUCUUGUAUAUGAUUCAUAUAAUGGAUUACAAUUAUCAAAUUUUAUGAUGAAUUUAAUCAGUAAAGAUGAUGAAUUAUUAUUAUUUAAUUUUAAUAUACAAGCAAAUGAAUUAAAUAAUUUAAUUAAUUUAUCAUCUCGUAAACAACAAUCACCACCACCACCACCAUCUUCAUCUUUAUCAUCGACGACGACGACGUCGACGUCGACCUCGACGACAACAACAACAACAACAACAGGAGAGACAUGGGUGAAUUAUGAUUUAAAUUAUUUAGGUAUAUCAUUAUUACCAAAUGAAUUAUUUUCUGGUGGAUUAUCUAAUUUAAUGAAAUUAUUCUUAUCAACAACAAAUCAAUUUAAAUCUUUAUUAAAAAUGAUUCAAUUACCAAUAGAUCAAAGAAUUCAAACAACCACGUCUUCUGGAUGGUUAAUACAAAUUGAUCAUUUAACUAUAUUAACAAUGAAUAUAUUAAAUGCUAUAGAAACUAAUUUAUGGUAUUUAACAGGACGUAAUAAUUUAAGAACUAAAAUUGGAUUAAUCAAUGAUAUAAAAAUUCAUUUAGUUCAAUUUGAUGAUCAAGAUAAUACAAUAAAUAUGCCUAGAUCCAAAUUGUAUAUUCAUAAAGGUAAUGCUAUACAAGGUUAUAUUGAUUUUAUUACAAAUAUACAUAUUAAUCAUUUACCUGAUAGUAUUUGUUUAGCAAUGAAUCAAGGUGUGAAUACAUUUAUUGUACAAUGGUAUUCGAUGAAUAAUACUACUCAACAUUCAUCAUUGACUACAAUACAAAAUCCUUCUUCACCUUCUUCUUCCUCUUCUUCUUCUUCUUCACCCUCUUCACCUUCUUCUUCUUCUAUUUAUCAUUAUAUGUCGAAUUAUACAUUACAACCUGUAUCCUAUUUUCUAGGUUAUGAUAAUUCAUUACAAUGUAAUAAGAUGAAAGCAAAAACGAUUUGGUGA